CAUGGAGACCUGAUUUUGGUCCCUACAAAGCAAGGUCUCUAUGAGCGUGGAUUUCAGUCCCCAUAUUGUCCUAAAAACCCGCGCACACACCACGUGACUUUGACAAAGGCUUUUUCUCUCGCUUUUAUUUUGAAACUGCUCAAUUCCGGAAAUGACAGCAGUCUCGGCGAAAACCACCGACCCAGAUGUGUUUUCACCGAAAGUUUCACUUGUUUGUAUUAUGGCUCGGUUAGAUUAUAUUUGUUUAAAUGCGUAUUUUAUAUCUCCGUCAAUAUAGAGAAAAGGGAGGAUAAACAACGAGAAAUCUGCACCGAGCCCGCUGUGUGGAGCCGCUGUUGUCUUCACGUGAUUCUGGCUUAAGGAUUUGUUUGGUCGUCUGCACGGACUAUGAAGAUGUGACGAUGGGGCGGGCCUCUCUGGGACAUUGGCCCUGAGGUGUUUCACCAUGCACAUAGCCUCAGUGGGCAUCAACAAAUUGUGUUUUUGCCUUGCUCUGGCUUUCAGUGGGUUGCUGCUUCUCCUACCCUGCCUUAGUUCCCCCUGCCCAACCGCUGGUUUCUGCCCAAGCCCAAAAGCCAGCUCAGGCCUGCUCCAAAUGGUACACACAGGAGCCUCAGCCACAUUCCAGCUGACUCCGUCUACUGGCCACACCAGACACAACCGCUGGAUUAUAGAGGAUGUUUUUAUUGCUGUGAAAACUACAAGGAAGUAUCAUAAAUCCAGACUGGAACUUUUAUCCAGAACCUGGGUUUCCAAGGCUAAACGGCAGACAUACAUCUUCACUGAUGGGGAGGACAAGGAUCUGCAGUUGAGGACAGGUAUAAUCUUAAUCAACACAAACUGCUCUGCAGCUCACACAGCGACAGGCUCUUGUUGCAAGAUGUCAGUGGAGUACGACAAGUUCAUUGAGUCACAGAAAAAGUGGUUCUGCCAUGUAGAUGAUGACAACUAUGUACUGCUGCCCAGCCUGCUGCUGCUGCUGUCCUCCUAUCACCACAGUCAGGAAGUGUACCUGGGCCGACCCAGCCUCGACCAUCCCAUUGAGGCCGCUGAGAGGGUCAAAAGUAACGGAUUGGUUUCUGUGCAGUUCUGGUUUGCCACAGGGGGAGCAGGCUUCUGCAUCAGUCGUGGUCUGGCUUUGAAGAUGAGCCCUUGGGCCAGUUUAGGGACUUCAUCAGCACUGCAGAGAAAAUGCCGUUUGCCAGAUGACUGCACGAUUGGCAACAUCAUUGAGGCUUUGUUGGAGGUGAAGCUGACCCACACUCCACUGUUUCAUUCUCACCUGGAGAGAAACCUCCGAAGCUGCCUCUGGAAACCAGUCCUGGAGCAGGUGACCCUUAGCUAUGGAGGCUUUGAGAACAGAAGAAAUGUGGUCAGUGUUGUUGGAAGAUUUUCACUUUCAGAGGAUCCAACACGGUUUAAGACCAUUCACUGUCUGCUGUACCCAGAUACCGACUGGUGUCCAAAGGUCAAACUUGAACCAGGUCACUAAACGCCUCUUUGCACUGAACAUCCUUAAAACCAAAGAACAGUCUGUGUAUGGUGAUGCAGAAUCUUAUCCGGCUGAUAGUAUUAACUUGAAAAUACUCUUGGAAGUGCAAUAAGGUGUACUGUGUAGGCUGUUGCCAUCUGACUUGUCUCUGCUCAGCUGAGAAGGCUUCUGCCAUAAACACUUAUAUUUGUCAUGUUGAAGGUCCAACUCAUCUUUAUGCUCAUCUAUCGAUAUCACUUUGUUCAGUGAUAGGUUUUCCCCCAUGUUUGCGCUGUACAUCUGUGUGCUGUAAGGAGACGCCAACAAAACUCGUAAAAGAUGGCUCCCAAGAACAGAGGGGUUUCCUUAAGUGUUAUUAUCCUCAGUGUUGUGGAGAGAUGCUGCAAAUAUAAAUGUGGUUCACUGCUGGUCGGUGGAUUUGUUGAUUGACUGAUUUUACUUGUACUGUAUGAAAAUAAAGCUUUUA